GCCUGGUGUGUGUGCGCGCCGUGCGCUACCGCUGCCGCCGCCGCCGCCGCCUCCUCCCUCUGCCUCCUAUCUGCAUCUGCUGCAGAGCUUAGCCAACACGCAUCAAUGCCCUCUCUUUCUCUCUUGUUUUCCCACCACCUUCCUACUUGAGCCCACCAGAAUCUCUCCUCUUUCCUUUCUCUUUACUGCUGACGGGGGAGCUGGCGCACACCUACAGCCCUGGAGUCCGGGGCGGGAGGGGGGGGGGAGAGACGGGGCAGUCACUAUUCCUCACUUUGGAGUAUUGAGGACGGCGGUGAACCGGAGGAGAGCGCCGGAUGGGAUAGGAGCCGUGAAACCCACAUCACUCACCGCGGAUUGAGCGAGCCUCCCCUCCCUCCCUGCUCUCCCUCUCACUCUCUGUCUCUCCCUAGUCUGCAGCCUCCAAGAACAGCCGCCGCAUCAUUUUUUUCAGAGCCCCCUCCCUCUCUCUCUCUCUCCCUCUCUCUCUCUCUCUCUCACCCGUCCUCGCUUCUCUCGGUCUCCCUUUCUGCUGCUUGCACCACUGUGGGAAUGCAGCGGAGGUAAACGAAUCGCAGAGGCUUCUUUCCUCUCGCCCCUCUACCUGUACCGGAUCUAUCGGCGCACUGGCGGACUGUAGACGGGCAGCUUUGGAGACGCGCGGCUGUCGUUCCGGGAAAUCAAGAGUGUUGUCGGUCAGCGCGGGGAUUGGACCUGGAUCAGUUGGAUUUAGCCCGCUACUCAGGGCACCACCACCCCAAUCUCUUUGCCAGAUCCCAUCAGAUCCCCGGCGGCUUUCACCGGUUUGGAUUACCGACAGCUGGAGCCACCAAAUGGGUGGCCGUUCCCGGGGGCUGUAAAGAGGCAAAGUUGAAGCUGCGUGCGAAGACGCUGCAAGUGGAAACGAGGAGGCUCAUCGGCAAACGUGGGCUGUUUAAGGUGAAAUUAAGUCAGAGAGAGGAGAGGAACAAUCCGUGGUUUGUAUUCUGAGGACCUUAUGUGGCCGGUAAUCAACCAGCUGAGAGUGGAGAAGGGUGCUGCCGUAGCCUGGGUUGAUGGUCUACGCACGCACACACGCGCAUGGAUUUACAGCUCCAGUCUGAAGCCCAACACGCACCGGAUCGAUAUCAUUCUCCGUUCUUUUUGCGACGGCUUUUUAACAAGGAAGUGAAGCAUCCUGGGAUUUAUCAUCGCUUCGUUAGCGCCGAACUACAGCGAAGCGCCCCCUCGCCUCGCUCUCUCACCUGUCCAUAACCCGUGUGGAAGUGUGUAUAUCUUUGUGCGUUUUCUGUGCCUGUGCGAGCGUGUGUAUGCGCGCGCGCGCGUGUGUGUUGGGGUUCGUGUGAGUGUGUGAGUGUGAGUGUGUGUGUGUGUGUGUGUGUGUGUGUGUGUUUGGUUUGAUCUCCGCCAGAGGGAGUGUAGGUUAUAUUGCUUGUGUGUGCAUUUGAGUGCUGUGCCAGCUUUUAAUUAGUAGUACGUGACUGCAAGUAAAUUGUGUGUUCUCUGCUCGUGGGUGCUUGUGCAUUAGUUCGUGUUUUUGUGUCUGUGCAUGUCAGUCCAUAGGCUAAGCAUUGUGUGGGUAUAUACUUAAGAUGCGCAGCAUUUCUCCUGCACCACAUCUCCUUCGUCGUACAUGCCCUUGUAUCAUUUGGCCACCUGUUUGACCUCCUCCCGCACACCUUAAGAGACCAAAACCUCCUGCAGGAUGAGCGAGCGCUCUGGUGCAAGCACCCUAGCAGCCAUGACGCUGGAGGAGCCGGGGGCGGAACAGGCGUCUCCCCGAGCCCCGGGGCCUCUCCGCUGCGGCCCCUGUGCCGUUUGGCCUCGGCAGCAGACCUGGCUGUGCGCCGUGCCCCUGGUCAUGGGCUUCGUGGGACUGGGACUCAGUCUCAUGCUGCUGAAAUGGAUUGUCGUGGGCUCGGUCCAAGACUACGUCCCGACUGACCUGGUGGAUCCUAAAGGUAGCAUUGGACAGGACCCCAUAUUUCUCUCCAAACCCAGUGCCAUGCCCAAGGGGCCUGACAUUUCAACCGUCACCACUACUUUAGCUGCCUCCACGACGGAAAUAGUGUCGACCACCACGCCGCUAGCCGCAGAUGGCACCGCCCCAGCGCCAAGAACUAGAUCAGGUCCACCAGCGAACCACUCGGCCAACGGCAGCACUGCCAACGGAGAUGGUAACCGCGCCCCGCACCUUCAUAACCGCGUCGGCACCCGCGUCAGCGGGACCGUGGUCACCACGUCCGCCACCCGCGCCACCCGGCUCACUCCGCCACCUAGCGGUAAGGAGGUCACCCCUCGCAGCACCGUCAGGAAAGGAGGCGGCAACGGACGCAACGGAGCCGCCAACUCCAAGCCGGCCGCCGUCACCACCGCGGCGCCCGGCACGAGCACGGCCACGGCGAAGACCACCGCCAGGCCGACCACCUCCCAGCCGGCCGCCCCGGUCAAGCCCACGUCGCGCUGGAAUCACGGGCGCCCGGGCAAGGGCCCGGCCACCCGCCCACACCACCGCUUCAGAACACCUAUGGCCCCGACACUUCCUAGUCUACGCUCUGAGGUCUUCAAGCCAUGCGUGGAAGACAAGGACUUGGCCUUUUGUCUGAACGAAGGAGAAUGUUCCAUCAUCGAAACUGUGGCUGGGGUUCACAGACACUGCAGGUGUAAGGAGGGCUACCAUGGACUCCGCUGUGACCAGUUUGUACCCAAGACAGAUGCUAUCUUGUCAGACCCAACGGACGAACUUGGGAUCGAGUUCAUGGAGAGUGGGGAUACCUACCAGAGGCAGGUGCUGUCCAUCUUCAGCAUCGCCUCGGGGAUCUGUCUUCUCGGAGUGGCAUGCAUGGCGCUGUACCGACGCAACAAGAGACACAGGGAGAAACUCCAGGCUCAUUUCUCCGACAGUCGCAGCCUGAGAGACUGCAGCGUCAACGCCUCCGGCCUCAUGUCCAAGUCCACUCCCAGGCUUCAGUAUAGCCUCCAGCUUCAAAAGAGCUGCAGUUCUCACGGAUCAUCUGUUAAGGGCGUCGUCGUGGCACCAGGCACUUCACCGGUAGCCGCUCCCAUCCUCUGCAAAGCGCUGUCUAAAGGGAAACGCUUCAGGAGUAGCUCCCUCUCGCUCAGUCCUGCCCAGCGCCGGAGGGAGGCUAACGACUUCAGGACGCCGCCCGUCUCCAGGGGGAAGCACAAAAUGACGGCGAACCUCAUCGACGGGUCCCGAGCGUCCGGCCACGUCUACAAGCACCUGCAGGAGGACGAGUCGGCCGACGUGGAGUCCGUGAGAAGGUGCGAUUCUGCCGGCGGAAGGGUCGGCGCCUUCCUCAGCAAGACCUCGCUGUCUCACUUCACGGCCAGGAAAGGAUGGACGGAGGUCCCCUGCACCCGCCUGGAUAAAGGAGGAACCUUCUUCCCGGCUUCCCUGCGCACGCGCUCCGUGCCCAUCAUCCCCUCCCUCCAAGCGUGCGACCUGGACGCGGGCGACCGGAACCAAGCGAGGCUCCUCAAGUGGCAGCCGGCGCUGGCGCUCGGAAAGACGGGGCCGCCCGUUAGCGGUUCUCCCUCGGAGGCCGCCGCCUUGGCGUCCGGUGCCGUGCCCGGCGGCGCCCCUGCCAGCGCCGCCGAUCCGCCGGGGUCUGGGAAGGGCCUCGACUCGACUGCACAAACGUCCGUUGAAAUUUCGGUGGAACUUGCACAGGAAUUAAAACAGAAAAGCCUUCCCAGACCCGUGAAAAUGCCUGGGUCUCGCGCCGAGAUCCACCACCGUGGCACAGACGCCCUCGGAGCCGGGGCUGCGCGGGAGCCCGAGGGAGAAAGCGUCCAGCAUCCGGCCAGAGUCGUGCACACGGGCGCCGGGGCCAGAGGUUGGAAGGCGGCGGGCCAAAGAGAAGCCUGGGGACAGUGCCAAGGUCAGACGCCUCUGGUGUACGGCGCCGCAAACUGCUUCCCGGCCUCCAAAGGACCCAGCUGCAGAGGCGCCGGUCCCGCGCACGCCAAGCCCUCUGCCAGCUGAUUGGAUUAACUCUGUAAAGCUUCAAAGACGCUGUUUCCAGUAACUGUACACCUUCGCUGGGGGGAGUUUGGAGGGGGGGUGGGGCGGCUCGGGCUGGUUAGCAGGUGGGAGCAUCUGCGCGGCCACAUGGACCAAUGACAGAUGGCCGUCGAUUUCGAAGGAACAGAUUGAACUGCUGAAGAAAAACAAAAACUAAACUAAACAAAAAGAAAAAAAAACAAAAC